GGCGGAUUUCUGGAGUUUGGUGAAGAAUUCUGCACUUUUUCAUCCUCUCUCGCCCCAAUCUCGGAGCAUCUGUACUUGCUCGUGGCAAUCAAUUGACGGCAAGCCUGCAUCGCGACAAGUGAGGGCAGGUCCAUCAUCGUCUUGCUGCUUGCACCCUCCUCGAGUGGUCCGGUCCGGUCCGCCUCUCUGUUCUAUACUCUACGCUCAACUUCAGCCUCCUCCAGCGCGGAGCAGGGGAACGCGAAGACGACAAGCAGACGCGCAACCGCUCACACAUAUCUCUGCCGUCCCUCGCCGUCUCUUUGGCCACGAGCUUAGGUCGGGAUACCCCUCUCCCCCCCUAAACCCACUUGGCUCGCGUCUGUUGCUGCAACGCCUACGCAUCCUCGCAGCUAUCGUCGUCAGCUUCAUCCCCCCCAGCCCACCAUCACCACCACCCUCUCGUCCUUCCCCCUUUCCCGUCUGAGCUUCUGCUCCCCUUCUGUCUGUCCCCCUUUUAUUGCCGGUGCUACGCGUGGCGGUACGAACGCACGCAUCACUGCCUGAGAGCCGGACCACUCACGCCCCCCCUCUCCUUGAGCGAGCCGCCGUCAUGCCGGCUCCCUACUCGGAUAACAUGUACUCGGACAUGGGGCAGGACGCCUCCGACGAUGAGCGAGAUGCCCUGUCGCCCACUGACGGAUACUUCCACGCGUCUGCGUCGUCUGACGCGGCGUCAUCGUCUGCCUUUGGCCACCAGCCCGAACAACACCGGCGCACGUCGUCCAACGUGCCGUCGGUGCCAAACGUCCUCGUCGAGGAUCCCACCCUGCGCGACCAAGGCGCAAAGGCGAGAGAGGCCGAACAGGAGCGCCAGAUAAAUAACGCCGCUGGCCAAACCACGUCGUCGUCACCAUAUCCGCCACAGCUGCCGUCGACGUCGUCGCCAGACACCUCCCACCGUCAUACCUCUUCCGCGUCGGUAGCGUCGCCUCACCAGGGAUCGACCUCGCCCGCGGCCAACCCCUCAUCCCCCGCUGUCUCAUCGCAUCGCCACCGACGCAGUGUUGAGGAAGACGAACCCGUCCAAUUUCCCGGGGACCGUACCCGUCUGCCCUACUUACACACUCCCUCUCAUACAUCAACACACGCGACCGCCCCGUCCCAGCCGCAUCAUCACAGCCAGCUGGACGCGCCACCCGCCUACUCUCCUUCCCCAUCCUCUCCUCCCUCAAGCCAACCUCAGGGCUACCAGACAUUCGCGUCCCUCUCCGCCAACGCGCGUACCAGCAACGACAGCAGCACCAUGGGUCUCCCAGAGGAGCACCAGGCCCUGCUGCCGCGCCACCCAGAGUCCAUGGGUGGCUCACCCCAUGGUCCUCCUUAUCCCAGAUGGCAAAGGCUUAAAGACUCGAUCAGCUCGCACAACUUGAGGCCCAAGCUCAAGACCAUCCUUGGUGUGCUAGUCAUCAUCUCCAUCAUCUCUGCCAUUUUUGGCGGCAUCAGUAUCUCGUCCUCUUCGAGCCACAAGAACCCCAAGUUCAACGACAAGGAUCCGGUCCGAGAACCAGACAUGGGAGGCGAUAGCGACCUGGAGUGGAAGCCCACCUAUGGGUGCCGCAACACCCCGCAUGUCUUUGAUAAACGCACCACAACUAUCGGGUUUGGAGGCGAGCGCAAGCUCCAUAUCAAGCAGACCGUCGACAAAAGUGAUGGCUUUCACAACGGCCGACAGCCUCGGGUCUACGGACAGCUCAUCAUACGUCCUGCUGGCGACGACAAGUCCGAGGGUACCAUUGACCUCGAGGUCAUUUCCAAUGAUGCCGAGCUGGGAGUAGAGGUCCACGCCGACCUCGACGGCAACGAUCAGCUGGUCAACAUGAUUACCCCCCGAGCUCUCGACUGGUGGUCGAACUCAGGCGAUUGGCCAUGCAUCCAAAUGCGAGCCACCGUCUGGAUUCCGCGCAAGUCCUUCCUUCGGACCUUUGCUGUUGACACCGUUCAUCUCGAUGUCAGCGUCCUCGACGGACUCGUCUUCGGUGCAUCUGAUAGCGUCAAUGUAAAGACUGUUGUUGGAAACGUUCGAACAUCGCUCCCGAAGGACGUUAACGACGACGUGGUCCCUUACACGUUGGAGUCACGCGACACCAUCAUCGAGACCGUCAGUGGCAACGUCAAGGGAUGGUUUCCGCUCUACGACCUCCUCAAGAUUUCCUCUGCCUCUGGAGAUAUCACCGCCGAAGUUGGCCCCAAAGCCGCCGAUAAGGAUUCUCCUCAGUCCGCAGUCCUCGAAGUUGGUUCCAUUUCUGGCGAGGUCAGCAUCAAGGAACCCCUUGCGGCCGCCCUCGCAGACGGCAAGGCAAGCAAGAAGCUGCCCGCUCGGGACUACGUGAUCAAGGUUGAGACGGCAUCCGGUGACAUUUCCGUCGAGGCGGCCACGAGCAGCCUGGGUACUUUUACUUCGACUUCUGGCAAUUUCGACCUCAAGCUCCUCCCGAUCCUGGAAAGGGAUCUGCAGAAGUCCGAGGGCAAGCCCCGGUUGUCCACGGACACGAAGAGCGGCGAUGCCCGCGUCACUGUACUAGAACCCCUGUGGACCAGCACGUCGGGCGCGAGAAUGUAUCCUCCCGGACGUGCUGCGCCCGGCCGUGAUACGUUUUUGCCCCCCAUUGAUGUCCCGCUGCCUCCAUAUGUCGACGGAAACGAUGCCCCGGAGAAACCUGAGCAACCCCAGAAGGGUCCGGACGAUGCCCUCGUCAUCAUUCACCCGCACAGCGCAGGCGAGAUCAAGGCGCGCAAAGCCGAUGACGGCAAGACGCGCGCGGGUCUGACUGUUCUCGAAGCGAAGCAUUCAUCCAUUAGCGGCAACGCCAAGCUCGUCUAUCCCGCCAGCUGGGCUGGACAUUUUAGCCUGCAGACCAUCUCGGGAAGCACCGUCGUUCACGGCAAGGGCAUUGAGAUAAUCCGGCGCAGCCGAGGCAUUAUGAAAGUCAUUGAGGGCCGCAAAGGCGACGGGGAAUCUGAUAUUAAGGUGGAGAGCAUGUCGGGCAACAUGUCGUUGCUUGUCGGCGAGAGUAACUAAGUGUGACGAGGGAAUGGUGUUGCUGUAGUGCUUCGUGUCGGGCGGCACGGGCUUGAUGAUUUGACGGUUACGACAGGCUGCUUUGGGGCGUCUGAUGGGAAUAGCGAUAUAGCCGGGAUUUUCUUGGAUCAAGAAACACGAAUAGUAAGG